AUGGAUUCGGAUGGAAAAGGCGAGCCAAACGGUUCAAGACAGCAAGACUCGACCACGAAUGACCUGGACGAGAAAUAUCCCAAUCCCCCUCGCAACCACUCACCUACCUUGCCAUUUCAUGAUUUAUUCCUGACCCUGUUUAAUCCUCUCAAUGAGAACAAAAAGCGUCCAACCGGCCCAGCGGCUGCCCGAAGAAAGGUGGGUCCUCAUGGACAGGGCGCUGCCGUCCAUCUGAGCCCACAAGAGCGGCGAAGGGACAUAAUUCAGAGAUUCAUUUCGCGAUGGCGGAAAGAAGUGGGCGACGACAUAUUUCCUGCAUUUCGGUUGAUAAUUCCUGAAAAAGACCGAGAUCGUGCCAUGUAUGGAUUGAAGGAGAAAGCCAUCGGAAAAUUGCUUGUGAAAGUUAUGAAAAUUGAUAAAAACUCUGAGGAUGGAUUUAGCUUGUUGAACUGGAAGGUGCCAGGCCAGAGCUUUGCGAGUAGAAUGGCUGGCGAUUUUGCCGGUCGCUGUUUCGAAGUCAUAUCAAAGAGGCCUUUGAGGACUGAGGUGGGUGAUAUGACAAUUGAUGAAGUCAAUGAGCAGCUAGAUAAAUUGUCCGCAGCCUCGAAGGAGGAUGAGCAGGUGCCUAUUCUCGCGUAUUUUUACCGAAGGAUGAACCCUGAGGAGUUGAUGUGGCUUAUACGGAUUAUUCUACGGCAAAUGAAAGUCGGUGCCACAGAACGGACGUUUUUCAGCAUCUGGCAUCCGGAUGCAGAGGCAUUGUUUAGUAUCUCUAGCAGCCUUCGGCGAGUUUGUUGGCAACUUUAUAAUCCUGAUGUUCGUUUGGAAGGGGAUGAAACAAAAGUCACUCUUAUGCAGUGUUUUCAACCCCAGCUCGCUCAGUUUCAAAUGCAAUCGUUUGAACAUAUGAUCAAAAGGAUGAGGUUGGCUGAGGACGACCCAACCUUUUGGAUUGAGGAAAAGCUUGACGGGGAACGCAUACAGCUUCAUAUGAAGCCGGACGAUUCAAUACCUGGAGGUAAGAGGUUUGGCUUCUGGUCUCGAAAGGCCAAGGAAUAUACGUAUCUGUACGGCAAUGGGUUGUUGGAUGAAAAUGGGGCACUCACAAGGCAUCUUCAAGACGCUUUUGCAGAUGGUGUUCAGAGCAUCAUUCUAGAUGGAGAGAUGAUCACAUGGGACCCAGAGCACGACGCGAUUGUCCCUUUCGGGACUCUUAAGACUGCCGCGUUGGCUGAGCAAAGAAACCCAUUCUCGACAGGACAGCGGCCUCUAUUCCGUAUAUUUGAUAUCCUUUACCUGAACGGCCGACCACUCACAAGAUACACCCUGAAGGACCGCAGAAAAGCACUUGAAGCAAGUGUGAUUCCUGUACAUCGCCGUUUUGAAAUCCACACAUAUGAUAUUGGCCAUAGUGCCGCUGAUAUCGAUCCCUUACUUCGGAAGGUAGUCGCGGAAGCAUCUGAAGGUCUUGUUCUUAAAAAUCCCAACUCUCCUUAUCGACUAAACGAACGUCACGACGACUGGAUGAAGGUCAAGCCCGAGUAUAUGACUGAAUUCGGUGAAUCUCUUGAUUGCAUUGUAAUCGGCGGAUAUUACGGUUCUGGCCGUCGAGGUGGCGCCCUAUCAAGUUUCCUAUGUGGACUAAGGGUCGAUGGCUCGCACUCCAAAACAGGUGAUCACCCUACAAAAUGCUAUUCAUUUUGCAAAGUGGGAGGAGGGUUUACUGCUGCCGAUUAUGCCAAUAUUCGCCAUCAUACCGAUGGGAAGUGGAUGGAUUGGGAUCCAAAACGACCACCCACUGAAUACAUCGAGCUUGCUGGAGGUGACCUACAGUAUGAACGUCCUGACGUAUGGAUAAAGCCUGAGGAUUCGGUUGUUCUAUGUGUAAAGGCAUCAUCCGUUACCUCAACUGACCAGUUCCGCCUUGGCCUUACUGUGCGAUUUCCGCGCUUUAAACGACUUCGUAUGGAUAAGGACUGGCGAAGUGCCUUGUCGAUCCAGGAGUUUAUGGACCUUAAGUCAAAUGUCGAAAGGGAAGUGAAAGAAAAGGAAUUCAAGGUUGACGACUCUCGCAAAGUGCGGCACAGGAAGACUAUCAAAAAGCCGCUGACGAUUGCCGGUUAUGACGGAGGCAAGAAGAUUGAAUAUGUUGGUCCUUCUGGGAAAUUGUUUGAUGGACUCAAUUUUUUUAUCAUGACCGAAUCAGUUCAUCAGCCGAAGAAAACCAAGGCUCAACUGGAACAACUCGUGAAAGCCAAUGGCGGUAAGAUAUAUCAGACGAAUAAUGUUGCUGAAAACACAAUUUGCAUCGCCGAUCGCAGAACCGUGAAAGUAGCUUCGCUUCAGAAAAACGCGCAAGAGAACGUCAUCAGGCCAUCAUGGCUAUUUGACUGCUUAACACAAAACGAGAGGGAUCGUGGUCUUCCGGACCUGCUUCUUCCACUGGAACCAAACCUGAACGAACGAAAACCAACAAUCCCAACAAUAUCCAACACCUCAACAUGCCCCGGCUGGCUUUUCAAAGGACUAGUCAUAUACUUUGCCACGCCCCCGUCCAUGUCGAACGAGGGAAACGGCAAAGUACCACACGUUCUGCCACAACGUCUCUACCUCGCUUCCAACCUGGUAAAGUUCGCCGGCGGCGAAGUCAUCACGGACGACGAUGGCGACAUGAAGGAUGCGCGCAUCACGCAUGUUGUCGUUGACAGCAAUCCGCCCGGUGACAAGGCAGCUAUGGCAGCGGCGGACGUUGCUGGCAUCAGGAGGGCGAUUUCAUCCCGUGCUGGGGUUGGUAAACGGAUUCCGCAUAUUGUUGGGGUUGAGUGGGUGGAGGAGAGUUGGAGGGAGCGGACGUUGGUUGAUGAGGAAAGAUUGACGCCAAAGUGA